AUGAGUGAAGACAGGAGCUCAGCACCUGUGAAGUACUCUGGGUACCUGGAACACCGGGAUGAGCCCUUCUGCACAAACUGCUACAGCAAGUCUCCUGGGCUGAUGAAACUUGGAAAAGACAUUACCCUGGGGGGCCUGGAAAUUGGCCUGCUGACGAUGAAGAAGGGAGAGGUGGCAAGAUUUGUCUUCACGCCAGAGUAUGCCUAUGGGCGGCAGGGCUGUCCUCCGCUCGUUCCCCCAAAUGCCACAGUCAUGUUCGAAGUGGAGGUGCUGGACUUCCUAGACUCAGAUGAAUCUGACACAUUCUUCGAGUUGACUGCUGAGCAGCAGGAUACAUUUCCACUACAAAAGGUGUUGAAAGUGGCAGACACAGAGAGAGAAUUUGGCAACUACCUCUACCGUAAGCGGCACUUUGAGGGUGCCAAAGACAGAUACAAAAGGGCAUUCUCCAUCCUUGGUCGCAGCCCUUCCAGUGAGGUGGAGCAGCGUCAGAUCAAUGCUUCCAAGUUGCUGGUGCUCCUGAAUCUCUCUCUCACUUACCUGAAACUGGAACGUCCUGCACAAGCUUUGGCAUACGGGGAGAAGGCCUUGGAGAUUGACCAAAGAAACGCCAAAGCGCUGUUCAGGUGUGGCCAGGCUUGUCUCUGCAUGACAGAAUACGAAAAAGCACGGGAUUUCCUGGUCAGAGCUCAGCAUAUGCAGCCGUUUAACCACGAUAUUAACAACGAGCUGAAAAAGUUGGCAAGCUGCUACAGGGACUACAUGGAAAAGGAGAAAGAAAUGUGCUGCCGUAUGUUUGCCCCUCCCAGCUCUUCUUCUGGCUGA